AGUUGCAAGGGGAUGACAGAGCGUAUUCACAGCAUCAACCUCCACAACUUCAGCAAUUCCGUGCUCGAGACCCUCAACGAGCAGCGCAACCGUGGCCACUUCUGUGACGUGACGGUGCGAAUCCACGGAAGCAUGCUGCGGGCUCACCGCUGCGUGCUGGCCGCUGGCAGUCCAUUCUUCCAGGACAAGCUGCUUCUAGGAUACAGUGACAUCGAAAUUCCCUCUGUGGUUUCUGUCCAUGCAGUGCAGAAGCUUAUUGACUUCAUGUACAGCGGGGUGCUGCGGGUCUCUCAAACAGAGGCACUGCAAAUCCUGACAGCUGCUAGCAUCCUGCAGAUAAAGACAGUCAUUGAUGAGUGCACACGAAUUGUCUCACAAAAUGUUGGUGGGGUCUAUCCCCUUAUACAAGACUCUGGUCAAGAUACACCAAGGGGAACACCAGAAUCAGGCACAUCUGGGCAAAGCAGUGACACUGAAUCUGGGUUCCUACAGAGUCAUCGUCAGCACAGUGUAGACAGGAUCUACUCUGCAUUAUAUACAUGUUCCAUGCAGAAUGGCACUGGAGAACGUUCCUUUUACAGCGGAGCCCUGGUAAGUCGCCAUGAGACUGCCUUAGGAUUACCCAGACAACACCACAUGGAGGAACCUAGCUGGAUCACCAGAAUCCACCAGCGCUCCCAGAGGAUGGAGAGGUACUUAACUACAACUCCAGAGACUACACACUGCCGCAAGCAGCCUCGUCCGGUUCGUAUUCAGACACUAAUGGGAAAUAUACAGAUCAAGCAAGAGGUGGAUGAUGAUUAUGACUACUACGGCCAACAAAGGCCGCAGGGCUUAGAAAGGAAUGAGUCCGAAGAGUGCACUGAAGAUACUGAUCAAGCUGAAGGCACAGAAAGUGAACCUAAAGGAGAAAGCUUUGACUCUGGAGUAAGUUCAUCAAUUGGCACAGAGCCGGAUUCUGUGGAGCAGCAGUAUAUGGCCAGCCUCAGCCGCGAAUGUCAGCCAGAUCCUUCCCAAGGAGAGGCUAAUAAUCUGCCUAUUGAAUGCAUGGAAAAUCAGAACCAACAGCACUUGGAUACCAGCUCUUCCUCUCCAGAGAGGAGCAACAACAUUGAUAUGGACAGCACAGUGCUUAGUGUUAGCAAUAGCACCGAAAAAGAAGUCCUACAGACUUCUAUCUCCCAGUCCAUUGGGCAAACCUUGCCAAGUACCCAGCUUUACCUACGACAGACGGAAACACUCACCAGCAAUCUGAGAAUGCCUCUAACCCUGACCAGUAAUACCCAGGUCAUUGGCACAGCUGGCAACACCUAUCUUCCUGCCCUCUUUACAACACAAGCAGCAGGUGGGAGCGGACCCAAGCCUUUUCUUUUCAGUCUGCCCCAGUCCUUAGCUACACAGCAGGCACAGUUUUUGACAGUUCCUCAAAGUGGGAUGUCCACAUUUGCAACCCAUCUUCAAAACCCAUCCCAAGGAAGCCACAACACAGCUGCCGCCGUGCAAGGAGAAAAAAAGCCUUAUGAAUGCACCCUCUGUAACAAAACAUUCACCGCCAAGCAGAACUACGUGAAGCACAUGUUUGUACACACAGGUGAAAAACCACACCAGUGCAGUAUCUGCUGGCGGUCCUUCUCCUUAAAGGAUUAUCUUAUCAAACACAUGGUGACGCACACAGGCGUGAGGGCCUAUCAGUGCAGCAUCUGCAACAAGCGAUUUACACAGAAGAGCUCCCUCAACGUGCACAUGCGCCUCCAUAGGGGCGAGAAGUCCUAUGAGUGCUACAUUUGUAAGAAGAAGUUCUCUCAUAAAACCCUACUGGAGAGACAUGUUGCCCUUCACAGUGCUACUAACGGCACUGCUGGCAUCCCUGUUCCUACUCCACCCAUGAGCACUGCUCCACCUCUGGGGCCUCCAAGCAGUGGAGGUUCUGCAUGCAUUGAGGGCACAGCGUACGUUUGCUCAGUCUGUCCAGCUAAGUUUGACCAAAUCGAGCAAUUUAACGACCACAUGAGAAUGCACAUUUCAGACGGAUAA